CUGCAUUCCGCCCCACCCCUUACAAACAUCACCACCGCCACAGUACCUAAAUCAGGAAGCACCGUGACACGUUUGUUUUUUAUUCCUUCUCCCUACUCCUUUUUCUUCUUCUUCUUUUUGUUGUUGUUGUAUCCGAUACGGAGACACUUGAGCGACUCCCACAACGCACAGGGGGGGAACGAGGCGUUAUUGUUGACGUCGACGACCACCGCUUUCUGAAGGAAGACUGACAGUUGGUUGCAUCCAGUCCGAGGCUCGAGCUGUGGAUGCAUUUGUCACAGAAUAACCGGAGAAGGCCUGACAGCAGCAUGGGCCAGCAUCUAGGAAAGAGGGAGUCCCCCACAGGCAGCCAGGCUCCGUCACCUGAACCUGAAGCCGUGCAGACGGCAGCGGCAGAAGAACCCGAAUCACCGGAUGAAGUCUUCGGCCUGGGUGAGGCAGAUGCCAACCAGAACAAUGGCUGCGUCUCGGAGAAGCCGGCGGUGACUGACUCCACGGGCGCUGAGGGCCCCCGCCAGCCCUGGCCCGCCGCCAGCACAGCUGACCCCGACCCUGACGAAGCCACGCCACGCCCCCACCUGGCCCGCCUCUUCUCCCGAGAUGCCCCGGGCCGAGAGGACAACACCUUCAAAGAGCGACCCUCCGAAUCGGACGAGCUACAGACCAUCCAGGAACACAGCGGAGCUUCAGAGUGCGGGUCGGACAGCCCCGAACAGGAACUAGACUAGCUUUUUUUUUCCUGCUCCCUCC